AUGAGUGUUCGAUAUUGUGACAUCGAUCUAGAGCACAAAAAAUUGCCACCGGUGUAUGGUUAUCUCAGUUCACCACUGGUGUCACUGGAAGUCUCACUUGAGAAAAUAAUACCAUUCAUCGAUAAUCUACAACGCUAUAUUAAAAUCGCUAAACAGCACUGUCAUUCCUCCGACCAUCUAACAAAAGAGGAAUCAGCUGCCUUGUAUUUGUACACGUUGGAGUUUGGUGAUCAAAGCUUUUAUCGCGUAUUGAACAAAGCAUUACGAGAUGAAAAUCGUGCAGCAUUAAAACCAUGGUUUCCGUACUUGAAACUGCUGGACACUGCUCUUAACAAACUACCGUCUAAGAAGCUACCAUUAUGGCGUGGCGUCGAUGCUGACGUGAGUAGGAGCUUUCAACAAGGACAACUAGUAACAUGGUGGUCAGUUAAUUCCUGUUCUUCAUCGGUUAAUGCCAUCAAGGACUUUCUAGGCACUGAUAGUACAUUGUUCAUGAUCAAAGCAUUGAACGGAAAGAACAUUUCAGCUUACACUUGCAAUACAAACGAGAACGAAUUUGUGCUGAUGCCCGGAACGAGACUGGAGGUCGUGAGUGGGGGGCUUGAUCACUCUAAUGGCUUGCACAUCGUGUACCUGCGCGAAGUUGACGAUGAUGAUGAAUCAAUGAGCGCUUCAGUAUCGUCACUCAAAUUAAAUGAGGCAACAAGUACCGGUUUAUCGUCAAUAGUGGUGAAGAAGAAAGUGAUCUUAGCUGAUAGUGGCAGCUAUGAAGGUGAUACUGUCGCCGAUGUGCCAAACGGCAGAGGUGUAUGUGCAUGGGCCACCGGUACGCAUUAUACUGGGGGAUGGCAAGAUGGCAAAAUGCACGGUCAAGGAAUUCAAACCUGGGGCAGAGAUACGAAAUGGUAUGGAGAUGGAUAUGAUGGCGAGUACAAAAAUGGCAAAAAGCACGGUCGAGGAAACUACACAUAUGCGAAUGGGGACAGGUAUGAGGGUGAGUACAAAGAUGGCAAAAGACACGGCCGAGGAAUCCAAACCUGGGGCAAAGAUACGAAAUGGUUCGGAGAUCUAUAUGAUGGCGAGUACGAAGAUGGCAAAAAGCACGGUCGAGGAAUUUACACAUAUGCGAAUGGGGACAGGUAUGAGGGCGAGUACAAAGAUGACAAAAAGCACGAUCGAGGAAUUUACACAUAUGCGAAUGGGAACAGGUAUGAUGUGGAGUACAACAAUGGUGAACGAAUUUCGGAGAAGCGUCUGACUGAUUGUGGCGUCCUAUCUCAUGCAUAA